AUGCGACGAACAACAACAACUAAAAAACAAUCGUUUAGCUCAAGUCGCCGAGCUGCGCAAAGCCCACGAGGAGAGGCUGGCCCGUGGGCAGCCGAUUGGCACGCGAAGGGUAGAGGAGCCGAGCCGCUCGCCGUCUACAACGACGUCGGCGAGAGGUGCGGCUGGCGCAUGGCCCUCUGCCUGCUCCUCUGCGGGCUGGGCUGGAUCCCGGGCUUCAUCUAUGCGGCCUGGGUCCACUUCAGCGGCGUGGGGGAGCAGGAGGAGGACGCCGAGGAAGACGUCGAGCUGCAGAUGGAA